UAAAGCAGUAACAUACAAGUACUUAACACGCAGUAGGUUCUUUUUUAGCAUAAUCUUCGUUGCUAGAGACGGAUGUACUCAAAAAAUGCCUAAGGGUGCAACACUUCAGUUGAUGCGUUUAGAUUCAUUCUAUCCUUUGGCUGCUCUUUAUUUGUUCAUUUGAUUGCGCCUGUGCUUAAGGGACGCGCCCGAUGAGCGGUUCAUCCAUCAUUGUAAGAGGCCUUAUGUAUAAAAACUGUGCACUAUUAUAUGUUGCAGAAGAAAUAAGUAACUGCCAAUUAUUGUAGCUUCACCACAAAACUGUUUGGCUGUACAACAUAUGUAUUUGGUUUGCAGAAUCAAUUUAUUUCGGCGAAAUUGCCGUUUAAUAAUUAAAUUUAAUAUUGUUAUGUUGAACUUGCAUUCAUGUCACAAUGAAAUUGAGUGUGAGUGCGUAUCGCGCGCACGCAUCAGCACACAAAAAAAUUCUUUCGAGCGGUUACCAUUCGCAACUCAACUACGGCAGCACAGGUGCGGCGGUUUCUUCUUCUGCUGUCUUACAAAUGGCGGACCCGGCCGAAAACGCAAUGUCAGUCUCCAAAGAUCGCCAUGGAAUCGAAUGCAAUAGUGACACAGAUAUCGUGAGCCCAUCUGGUACGAGUAGCUCCGAGCGGGAACGAACUGGCACUAUAAGAAAAACGCAACAACAUGGAAGUAUCAAUGAUAAUGAUAGUAAUGCUCAUUAUUCCGACUUUAAAAGUUCCACACAAAACAAAUCAGAUAUCAGCGAAAAAAAUUUGGACCUGGAUGCUGACUGGAAUCGAUCCAAUCAGCGAUGGAUGAAGCUCAGAACAACUGUCCAAAUAUCAUCAGCGAUACAGAAAAAGCCACCAUUAAAACGGGAGGACUCCUUUUUAAAGCGAUUCUCUACGCGGCAAAUUCCAGAAACUCAGGAAACGGUCGAAGACACUGGGUCGGAGAGCGCCUUUGGAGAAUCUAAUAAAAGUACAAAACGUCGGCGUCGAUUUUUGCAAAAGCGGCGAUCUGUUGUUAAUCCAGAUGAAAACUUUUAUUUCUAUUGGUUAAUGAUACUAACUGUUUCUGUUUUAUACAAUUUAUGGGCUCUUAUUGUGCGACAAAGUUUUCCUGAAUUGCAGCAAGCUGUUCCUAUUUUUUGGUUUGUUUGUGAUACACUCACGGAUGUUGUUUUCGUAUUCGAUAUAGUUGUCCAACUACGCACAGGAUAUCUCGAACAAGGACUGAUGGUUUACGAUGAUAAAAAAUUAGCACUUCAUUACAUUCAUUCUAGAGAUUUCUUCUUUGAUAUCAUAUCAUUGAUUCCCCUGGAUUUGAUACAACUCAAAAUCGGUGCAAAUCCUCUUCUACGGUUUUCAAGAUUUUUUAAGGUGUAUCGAUGUGUAAAAUUCUAUUACAUUGUUGAAAGUAGGACGGUUUGGCCAAACUUAUGGCGAGUUAUAAACUUAAUUCAUAUUCUUUUAAUUUUGGCGCAUUGGUUUGGGUGUUUUUAUUAUCUAUUAUCGGAAGCUGAAGGAUUUCAGGGAGACUGGGUAUAUCCUUACAGACCAGGAGAUUACGCGACAUUGACUAGGAAGUAUCUAGGUAGUCUUUAUUGGUCUACGCUUACUUUAACUACAAUUGGAGAUUUACCAACCCCCGAAACAAAUGCAGAACCAAAUUUUUCAGUGGACGGCCCAAGAUCUAUACCAAGACGUGGUAUACGAUCUAGAUUACUGCAAUUCGGUUCCAAUUAUGGGUAUAUUUUUACAAUUGUCAGCUAUCUUAUUGGAGUUUUCAUUUUUGCAACCAUUGUCGGUCAAGUUGGAAAUGUGAUAACUAAUCGUAAUGCUAACCGCCUGGAAUUCGAACGCUUGCUGGAUGGAGCUAAGACAUACAUGCGUCAUCAUAAGGUUCCAGGUGGAAUGAAAAGACGCGUGCUCCGUUGGUACGACUACAGCUGGUCUAGAGGACGUAUCCAAGGAGGAGGUGAUAUAAACACAGCUUUGGGUUUAUUGCCGGACAAGCUGAAAACAGAACUAGCGUUACAUGUUAACUUGAGUGUCUUAAAAAAAGUCACUAUAUUUCAAGAGUGCCAACCAGAAUUUUUACAUGAUUUGGUAUUGAAGAUGAAAGCAUAUAUAUUUACACCAGGAGACUCCAUUUGCCGUAAAGGUGAGGUAGCCAGAGAAAUGUUUAUAAUAGCUGAUGGUAUACUGGAAGUGCUCAGUGAAACCGGUAAAGUGCUAACGACAAUGAAGGCUGGCGACUUUUUCGGUGAAAUCGGAAUUCUGAACUUGGAUGGCCUUAAUAAGCGUACGGCUGAUGUACGCUCAGUUGGUUAUUCUGAGUUGUUUUCAUUGUCGAGAGAAGAUGUACUCGCCGCUAUGAAGGACUACCCGGAAGCACAAGAAAUUUUACAAACUCUUGGACGGAAGCGGCUUAUGGAAGUUCGAUGCGUAAAUAAGAAGUACGCGAAAGCACAAUGUAAUAAUGAGCAAUCGGAUCAUCCACAUGUAUAUAGCAAUAUUAAUCGAAGCGAUAGUAGCGAAAAUAGUGCCUCAAAAAAAAUUGUGUACAAAUUAAGAAAAGAUGUUAAAGGAAUCCGAAGUAUGCUUAAAAAGACAAGGACCCGAAGAAGUGAUGAAUCGUUAGAGAUGCAGCCGCUGCAAGACACUUUAAAUAAAGGCAAUAAAACAACUUUGAAGCGAAUGUCACAUGUACGUUCUGAAGAGAAGGAGGAAAAAAAAGAAGAAAAAACGCACCAAGACAAAACACCUAGUCCAAUUGGUGCCGGGCUACCGUUACUCCAAAGGCUGAGAUUACUCAAAGAAAAACAGGAUCGCGAAGAGAAAGCGGCAAAGGCAAUCACUCCUCAGAUAUCUCCCCCACAUGUUCAUAUUGCCAAUGCACUAUCGCCACAGGAAUCAAUCCAAGAAGAACCGGAGACUGAAGUAAACGAAGCACUUCCGCUAAUGCAAAGACUACAAAUGUUAAAGAAUAAACAGGAAACGAAAGCCAGUGACGUGAAGCUUACAGUUAAACCAACUUCAACUGUGUCUUUAAAGCAAAAAAUACAAAUGCUUAAUUUCGCUGGAGUGACAAAGACAGAUACUAUGGAUAAUAAGUCGAAAGACGAUAAAUUGGCCACUGAAGACCAAAAGCAGACUCCAAAAACACUUGACGUGCAGAAAUAUAUUAAACACGACCUAGGUGCAAUUAAUAAAUCGCCAAAGGCGGUAACAGGAAAGUCAUUGAAACUCAUAAAACCGUCCAUAAACACGUCAACAGAACGCUCAGAUAGUGAUAUGUCGAUUAAGCCAUGGUCCAAACUUAAGUUAGCGACGAUAAUGUCAACAAGUUCUAAUAAUUUAGCGAAAUCUUCACCAGGAGAUUCAGACGUUGAAGUAAAAACAUGUUCAUCAAAUGAAACACCCCAAACGCCUUCUCAAGGGACAGCUGUAUUUACAUCCACAACACCAUCUACAAAUACUUUACAUUCUGUAACUGCGACCACUCCAAAUACAAAGCCUACAGAGCAAAUAAAGAUUUUAGAAAAUGUACGGAAGCACUCGAAAAUUGUAGCGACAAAUCAUUCCAACGAAAGCAGAAAAUCGUAUCACUCUGUUUUUGAUUUAUCGCCCGAAUAUAGUGGAUUACCAUUUGUAAAGCGUCUAAAAAUACUGAACGAACGUCAGAAGCUAGAAGAACUUGAAAAAGCACUACAAAUGCGAAGUUUUAGCUUAGACAGUUCUAAAAUAACUAGCCAACUCGCAGUGCCAGAACCGUUGUAUCGAUGCUUCAGUGAUGUUUCUGAAAUGUACUCGCAAUUUUUUACAGCUUAUGAAUCAAGUUCAUCUAAUUCGACUAACACAUCUCUGUCAAAUAACAACAAUGAGAGGAAAGACAAAUAUAUACCGCCUGCCUAUUUACCUCUUAGUCCCGAACAAAAUGAAACUUCUGAACGCCGAAAGUUGAAGUGUAUUUUACAGAAACUCCGUCACAAUUCAGAAGAAUGUAAAAGUGCUUUUCAAAAUGAAAAUGAAGACUCGUGCGUGACGGAAAAGCCCAACAAGAAAUUACUAAGAGAACCGACAUUAGAAGGGUAUGUGGCUAGACAUAGUAUGCUAAUGAAAAGUAUAACGAUCAAACCAACUCUUUCUAGUCCACCCAACAGCGCUCACAGAUCUAAUGAAGAUGAACAGUAUGAAGCCUUGCAAACGACUAGUGGAGCCGAAGAUAAACACGUAAACAUCUCUCACGCGCCCAUAAUUUCCGCUUUUGGAUGGGAUAAAUGCCCUGAAAAUCGAGUAUCCAGUGGCGCUCAUAUAAAAGCGGUCUCAAAACGACGAAAUACUAUUCAACUUAAUAACAAUGUGAUGCAAUAUGAUCCCUGUCCAUCUUACACUAAUCAACGUACAACAAAACGGUUCAAGACAAUUGGGGAUUCGUUGAGAACAGGAGAUAUCCUCAACGUGGAGGAGAAUUUCAAUCGUGUUUGGAGUGAAAUUAAUGAUGUAAUUAAGGAUCAGAUUACAGAAAUGCAUUUAAAAUUCGAAUUACAAUUUUCGGUAAUGGCCCGAGAAGUAAGAAAGCGCGAUGAAAUUAUUGCAAAUCUUCAGACAAAAAUUAAAAAUAUCGAAUUAAAAACAUCCUCGCCACGAAGAAAAACUGAACUUACACGUGAUAAGCUUAGCAAAUUAUGGGUUGAUGCAGAUCUAGAGUCAGAGGACCAUGCCAGCUCCAGUUCAUCAGCAGAACUUCUUUUUAUGCGCGGAGACUCAUUGGAUACGGUUUUUAUGUCAUCUCCACCACAAGUUCAACGACACAGUUCUUCGUCGAUAUUUAAUAAUGUUUGCAAAGACUCUUCAGGACACAUUUCUUCACGAAGUUUGUACAAAAAUAAAUCAGAAGAGAAUAUUACAAUGGGCAAGCAACAAAAGAGAAAUUAUGUUGUUUCUGUGUCAGAUCUCACCGGAAACUUAAACAUGCAAGAUAGUGUAGUUCUAGACAUUGGUGAUAGCUCGAGCUCGAGUUCUUCUUCUGGCAAAUUGAAUGUUAAGUAUGAAGACAUAGAGCAAAAAAAUGUGAAAGACAAUGUAUUCGCACAUGUGCAUCACAACGAUUGGGAGGUAAAAAUGCUUGCUGCGGAGAUGGAUAAACAAGAGAGAAAACGUGCGAACUCCACUGAUUUUAAGUGUAGUAAUUCAAUUUUAAGAAGACGUCGAAAAUUUAGUGAUACUGAAGCAGAUAUUAGUGAAACAGAUCCCGAAAUUGAACCCUUCUCUUUACCCAGACCUAGAGCUUCAAGUUUAGACCAAUUCAAUUUAAGAUACGGCAUCGGAAAAGAGAUUUUUAAAGCAAUUAGUAUCGAUCGUGAUAAAAACAAACUUUGAAAUUUGCCAAUAUAUUAUCUAGGGUUACGUUAUACACACAUAUGUUCAUAAAAUACGAAAAGUUGGAAUGAAAAUGUGGAAGAUUACAAAAAAACAAAGAUGUCAUAAGCGCAAAAAGUCGACAAAUGUUGUCAAAAUAUAGAUUCGAAAAUGUUGGCAAUGUAACAUACAUACAUAGAUAUUGUACAAUAUAUUUGUGAGAACAAGUGAAUAUAUUUUGUAUACUUUUUAUCUGAGUAUUGCAAUUCCCUUUGAUUAUUAUUUUUUACUGAACACCAACACCAAACUUCCCGUAUAAUCUUUUAACAGCAACCAUAUUUUUAAUUUUAUCUAUUUUAUCACACAAUGAAAUGAUUAUAGUUACCCCUUUCUGUUUAAAAAUAUCAUCUGCGACUUCUUUCAACUUGUAUAAGAGGGUCAGUGACUUGUAAACCUAUUAUUUUGCACCAAAGUCUGAAAAUAUUGACUCAGAGCAAGUGAAUAUCUGAACAGUUUUAACCCUAGAUAAUAAUAUUGUAAUCCCCACAUAUAAGCUUAAGAUUAUCUCAGGAACAUAAAUUUCUUUAAAAAAUAAUCUCUUUUUAAACUUGAAAACCCUUAAAUGCCUGUAAUUUAACAAAUUUUAUAUUUCUCGUAUUAAACGUAUCCAUACAAAGAUACAUGUGUCAUAAAAGCGUAAACCUCACUGAGAAAUAAUGCAUUGAUAUAUUUCAGCCAAUACAUAAAAAAUUAAAUAAAUGCAGGCAAGCAUUUUUUGAGACAUAGCGUAUGCUUUGGUCUUCAAUUAUUUUUAUAAUACGAGUACCAAAGCAAAUUCAAAAUCUGUCGUCACAAUCACAAGACGUUAUAUCUCUUAAUGACACAUAAUUCUAGUAUACUAUAUAAAACAUUAUUAUAUGAUGUUUAAACUGUUUGAUUAUUUAAUCAAUUUUAUUCCAAGAUGUUUUUCAAUACUAUAAAAGUACCCUAAAUAAGGCCAAUAUGGGACUUUACCCAAAGCUCAAAGUUUCAAAAUAUCGUACUUCUACCUAUUUUAAUUUAUGUUGGAAACUUUUGUCCGUAUUUAAGUAUGGUACCAAGUAUGCUUUUAACACCUUCAGAAUAUUUUGAAAUUAAAUUUUAAUAAUAUUAACACUCUUAUUACGAAAUGCUGGUAGAUUAUAAGAAAUAUACAAGGUCUGUCGCAAAAGAAACAGAACUUUUUAAAUAUAACUGUUUCUGGUGGCGCCACCUAUUGGUAU